AUGGGGCCAUCUUCAGAGGAAGGGUUUCUAUGGACUCCAAAGGGGACUACAUAUGGCCUCGAGACUGACGCUGUACAAGAAAGCUCGCCAGUUAUCGGUGACAGCUAUGACGUGGUGGUAAUAGGGGCCGGGUUCACUGGUCUCAUUGCAGCACGAGAAUUGAGUCAGAGACACAAUUUGAAGGUGUUAUUAUUAGAGGCAAGGGAUCGUAUCGGUGGACGUACAUGGACGGCACGAGCGCUAGGCGAAGAGCUAGAGAUGGGAGGCACUUGGGUUCAUUGGGCUCAACCUCACCUCUAUAGUGAGCUUCGCCGGUACGGACUACAUGUCAAUUUAAAGACCUCCGCAGGCACUGCUGCACCAACCAAGCAGAUGUUCAAACAGGGAACGGCACCCCCCGGGGAAAUAUCUACGGACGAUGCCGGUGAUAUCCUGGAGCGCAUAGCCCAAUUCUUCUUCACUGUCGAAGGGCGCAGCAGUCGUGAACUCAUGCCAUACCCUCACGAUCCACUCAGGCGACCUGCACUGUGGAUGAGAUAUGAUCAUUGGUCGGUGAAAGACCGAUUAGAUAGUCUUCAUGGGUUCUCAGAUUGGGAGAAAGAUUUGUUCGAAUCAAACACGAACACUUUCGGUAGUGCACCUGGGAAAGAUAUUGCAUUUACCGAAGCACUCCGGUGGUACGCCUUAGGUGGACACAGCAUGGCGGGGGUUUUCGAGCUGGCUGGAGUCUACAAGAUUGGGAAUGGGGGCAUGACUUCGUUUGCGCGAGCAGUCUUAGCAGACUACACUGGGCAUAUGCUUUUUAGGGCCACUGUGAAGGAAGUCACACAGAACCAGUUGGGAGUCAUGAUCACCACUAGUCUUGGACAAAACAUCAAAGGAAAAUACGUGGUUUCUACUAUUCCUCUAAACUGUUUAGCGGAUGUGAAAUUCGACCCUCCAGUAUCUUCCCUGCGACAGUCUGCGAUGACAAAGGGACAUAUCAAUAAGGGCGCAAAGAUCCACUUCAAGCUCAAAGCAGCGGAUCCAGGCUGGUUCGCAACGGCCGAUUCUACCGACUCUGCCUAUGUUUUUGCGUUCUCCGACCACAACGGCACCCAGCGAUCAGACCCAUCCUGUACUUGGUGCAUUGGGUUCGGAUACAAUAGACGCUUGGAUGAUAAGGAGAACUGCCAUCAUAUUAUCAAUCGCUUCCGCAAGGAUAUUUAUCCAUCCGGUGACGUCGAAGCUUACGUGACUCACGACUGGGUGAGUGAUCCUUACGCGAAAGGAGGUUGGGCUUGUUGGGAGCCUGGAUGUGCGUCGGCCUACCUCCAAGAACUCCAGAAGCCACAUGGGAGGGUUAUCUUUGCCAGUGCCGACUGGGCAGACGGGUGGAGGGGUUUCGUUGAUGGAGCAAUCGAGCAGGGUCAACAAGCAUCUCGAUGUAUCGUGGCAUCUCUCAAGUCAGAAACGGAAACUUUGCGACCGAAGCUUUGA